AGAGAAAUUAUUUUCCGCUGUGUUGUGAUUGGUCAAGUCUGAGUUGGAUUCAAAAUAAGACCGCGACUGUUUUAGCUCCGCGGUGAUAGCCUUUCCAAAGUUGAAGGUAACCAGGGUGGGUAGUUGAAGGUAGCCAGGCUGGUUCGUUGAAGGUAACCAGGGUUGAUGAUGGAGUCUUGCUUCAACACCAGGCGUGAGCAGGUGGAGCCCUUAGGGGUGGAGGACCUGAAGAAGGACCUGUCCAUGGAGUUCAGCACCCUCCCAUACUCUGAGCAGGAUGCGGUGGUGGACGUGAAGGAACAUCUGGAGGUCUACCUGAGGAUCAGACCUUUCACCACAGCAGAGAGCGACAGCACUGAGUCCCAGGACUGUGUGACCAUGGAGUCUCCUGAAACGGUGCUGUUGAAGCCUCCCAGGAACUCGUCUAGACUCAGCGACAAGUCUGUCCCUCAAACCGGCCAACACUUCCACUUCUCAAAGGUGUACGGUCCUGAGACCAGCCAGCUGGACCUGUUUGAUGGCACGGUGAAGGAUCUGGUCAGACAUGUUCUGGAAGGAGGAAACUCUCUGGUGUUCACGUACGGUGUCACCAACGCUGGCAAAACCUUCACCUUCCUGGGUCCCGACGGGGAUGCAGGCCUCCUGCCCCGCUCCCUACAGCUGGUGUUCCGUAGUGUGGAGGAACGCCUCUCCCCGCACAUGGCCGUGAAGCCACACCGCUGCAGAGAGUUCAGUAGACUGACCCGGGAACAGCAGGCUGAGGAGGCCCUGGCCAAGAACACCCUCCUCAAACAGCUCAAAGAGAGUGAAAAGGCCAGUGCCAGCCAGCUGUGUUCCACCAGUCAAAACUCUUCAGAAGGCCCCAGUGUUCUUGGCUCCCUGCUGGAGGACCCAGUGGUGCUGGAUGUUGCCCCAGACACCAGCUUCUCCAUCUGGGUGUCCUUCUGUGAAAUCUACAACGAAAACAUCCAUGACCUGCUGGACGCCGGGCCCCCAGGGGCCCCCCGCCGGGCGGCGCUGCGUCUCUCACAGGACAUCAAGGGGAACUCUUUUGUCAAAGACCUGCGCUGGGUGCAGGUGAACAGUGCUGAAGAGGCAUUGAAGGUGAUGAAGUUGGGCCGGAGGAACCAGAGCUUCGCAUUCACCAAACUGAACCAGUCGUCCAGUCGCAGUCACAGCAUCUUCUCCAUCCGCAUCCUGAGGACGGACCAGGCUGGUGUCCCCAGGGUCGACGGCAUCAGCGAGUUGUCUCUAUGUGACCUGGCGGGGUCAGAGAGGUGUGCUAAGACUCAGAACCGUGGGGAGCGUCUGAAGGAAGCAGGUAACAUCAACACCUCCCUGCUGACGCUGGGGAAGUGCAUCAACGCUCUGCGACACAACCAGCAGUCCAAGCUGCUAAGACACAUCCCGUUCAGGGAGAGCAAGCUGACCCACUACCUGCAGAGCUUCUUCUGUGGUCGAGGCAGAGCCUGCAUGAUCGUCAACGUCAACCAGUGUGCCUCCAUGUACGACGAGACACUCAACGUACUCAAGUUCUCUGCUGUCGCUCAAAAGGUUGUUGUGUUGAACUCCAAAACCCUCCAAAUCAAGUCCCAGAGGGCUGCAAGGGAUGUCUCCUUCCUCAUCAACAACACCGACCAGAAGAGCCUGACUCAACGGAGGAGCUCUCUGAUGGGCUGGGACUCUAGCCUGGAGGAUGUGCAGGAGGAGGAGGACGAUGAUGAAGAGGAAGAGAGCCUAAUGGAGGACACGAUGGAAGAGGGCAGUAAUGGUGAAGAUGAUGAGGAAGAAGACAAGGUUGUUGUGUGUAAAAAGAUCUACCAGAGGCAGGUGGCUCAGCUGAAGGAGAUGCAUGCGUGGCGGGAGGAGCAGCAGAAGCAGAGCCUUCAGCUGGAGCAGCGCAUCAGGGAGGAUGUCAGCUCGGAGUACUCAGCUCUCUUCUAUGAGAUGGAGGGAGACUACAAAGAUCGUUUGGAGAGGCAAAAGGAUAUCUUGGAGGAGAAAACUGAGAAGCGGUUGGAGAUCUUUAAGAACCUGGUGAAGGAGCUGAGCAGCACUGGACCCGGCCCAAAGAAGCAGGCUGACUGGGCUGCCUGUAUGCUUCAGGACUUGGCCGGGAUAAAGCAGGACACCCAGGCCACCCAGACCGCGCUCAGCUGCCUGGGAGAACCAAGCCCUGAGCGGCUGGAGCUGAAGGUGCAGUCAAUGGAGCAACAGCUCAAGAAGUCUCAGGAGCUGUUGGACUCCAAGACAGCUGACCUGCUCCAGCAAACCCAAAUCUCCGAACAGGCCCUGGAGUCCCAUGAGCUGAGGCUGUCCCAGCUGAUGGAGAUGUGUCGGGAGAAGGAUGACAUCAUCUCCAGACUCCAGAAGGUCCUAGACGAGCAGCUGCAGGAUACCAACGUCGCUGGUUCCAGGAAGCGACCGGUGGAGGGAGAGCCGGAAGGGGACUGCCAGCCCCCGUCUAAGAAAGCAGGGAGCCGUGGAGGUGCCGAAGGGAACCCUGAGCGGCAGGCGAGGUCACCCAAGGAGGGGAGUGCUGAGCCCCGGGUGGAGGAGGUGCUGUGUGAGCUCCGGGGGGAGAGGAGGACCAGAGAGGUGGUAUACACUGCCCUGGAGGAGCAGAUGAUGUUAAAACAGGAGGAGAAAAAAAGAAGAGGAAGAGAGGGAUCCCAGAGGAGCAAAGAGGAGCAGGACGAAAACGAGGAGCAGAUCCAGGAGAGAAAGCUCCACAUUCAUAGGCUUGAAAUAGAAGUCGUGGGCCUGAAACAGGAAGUUCUGGGCUUGAAACAGGAAGCAAAGAUUGCUUCAGUUGCUGCACGAGCCGAGGGUGGCUGUGAUCAAUUGAGAGAAGAGAUACUAGAGCUCAAGAAGAAUCUGCUGCGAGAGGGAGAGGAGAAGAAGAAAACGAUGAGGCAGAUGGAGGAUCUGGAGCAGGAGACGUCCCAGGCCACGGAAAGGCUGGUCCAGAGCCAGCGGGAGCAGCAGGCGCGGCGCAGGGAGCUGCUGGCUGCGGCGGAGCACGCCAUCACAGAGAAGGACGCUGAGCUGGAACGCAGAGGCCUCGAUCUCCAAAGGCUAAAGCAGCAGUCCACCCUGGAUUCUGACAGAGUGAAGAGUCUAGAAGUGGACCUCCAGAGAAGAGACGAGGAGACGGCCGACCUCCGUGAGAAGCUGGCCGACUCUAAGAGACAGAUCCAGCAGGUCCACAAAGAGGUGGCAUCGCUGCGCCCGGAGGCGAAGGCUUUGACUCAGAAGCUGACCGAUGCUGAUAAGUUGGUGAAACAGCUGCAGUCCAAAGUGUCGGCCAGCGACCGCUCCAUCCUGCUGCUCACCAAGGAUCACUCCCAACAGACCGCCCUGUACCAACAGGCCUGCCAAGACCUGGAGGCCCAGCGCCGGGUCGUGGGGGACAUGCGCGUGGCUCUCUCGGAGCAGGAGGAGACGCAGCAGCAGCAGGAGCAGCUGAUCCAGGAACUCACACAAGAGCUUGAUCAUCUUAAAGGCUUGUCUGAGAACCAUGGCAACACAAAAGACACGCCCACUCAGAGACUCAGCCAAUUCGAACUCCAACAGGCCAGACAGGAAGUAGUUCAGGCCCAGGAGAGUCUGAAGCUGUGUACUGAUAGACAGCAGACGGACCGGAAGAGAUGGCUGGAGGAGAAGAUGCUUCUGAUUGGUCAGGCUAAGGAAGCAGAAGAGAAGAGGAACCAAGAGAUGAGGAAGUUUGCCGAGGACAGAGAGCGACACGCUAGGGAACACAUCCAACUGGAGAGUGUUUGUGCUGAGCUGGCGGUGAAGGAGCAGGAGAUGGGCCAGUGGAGGAGGGAGAGGGACUCCCUGGUGUCUGCUCUGGAGGUCCAGCUGCUGAAGCUCCUCUCCUGCAACAAAGAGCAGGAGCAGCUGAUCAAGCAGCUCCGCGCUGACCCCGGCCCGCCACCAGAGACUACCCUGGACUCCACCAGCAGAAGCUCAGCAGAGAGGACCAGUUCGGGUUCGGCGGGGUUCCCCUCGGUCCUGGAGUCUUCUCAGAUCUCCACUGAGAAUGGGCGGAGGAGCCGGUUCCCCCGGCCUGAGAUGGAGAUCUCCUUCAGCCCCCUGCAGCCCAACCGCCUGGCUCUGAGAAGGCAGGGGGAGCAGGACUCGGUCACCGUCAAGAUCAGCCGCCCCCGCAAGAGGAGGAGCAACGACAUGGACAGGGAUGAGGCAGAGGUUGAAAACAAAAUAAAUACCAAGACCAAACUGACCCCCAAACAGGAGGAGGGCCCCUCUCCUGGCGGGGGAAGCGUUACGCGCAGCAGGAAGGACGGAGCGCUGCUGAGGAUCGGAGACUUCCUGCAGAGCUCCCCCACGCUGUUCACCUCCGGAGCUAAGAAGGUGAUGAGUCUGGUUAGCAGCUCUUCCUCUUCCUCUGUGAGGGUGAAGAAAAGCAAGAAGAAACUCUACCAGCCACACAUCUCCUCCCCCAUGGACCUUCCCUCCAACCCGUGUCAUUAGCAGCGAUGCCUCAACCAGCACCAAUCAAUCAGACCUGGGCCAGAUCAUCCCUGAGGAGAAGGACAGCGACCACCUCAUCAUCAAGAGGCGCCUCCGAAGCCGGACAGCCAAGUAGCUGCCCCUACUCUCCUCCCCUCUCCCCCAACCCUCCACCCUGAAGUGCAACAGAAGGAGUCUUGGAGGAGUCCAUUCAUCGCGUACUGCUUGGGGAGUACUAAUACGCCAUAAUGCUGUACUAUAUAUAUAUACAUAUCUAUACACAGAUCAAUAUUUGGGCAUGGGAUGCUGCUGUAGGCCGUCUGGGGCAAACAUUAUUAUCAUGAUUAUCAUUUUAUUCUGUUAUCUUCUAACGUCUUCUUCCAAGUCUUGGACCUCAGACCGUCUGCCCGGUCAUGGAUGAACCAAGACUGGAUCUAGUGCGCUAGUGAGGGUCCUGGUUAGAGAGUUAAGGCCCAAUCCCAUUUCUACCCCUUACCCCUUCCCCUUACCCCUCCUCCUUGUUUUGAAGGGGUAAGGCGAAGGGGUAGAAAUGGGAUUGGGCCUUAGUGUCACCCACCCUCUAGGGGUCCUGAUGUUUAGGAUUAUAUUAGGACAUUAUAUAAUGUUAUGAUUCAUGACAUAUAUGAUUAUAUUUAAUCAUAUAUGGGUCUAUAUCUGAUCAUACAUAAUCAUAUUUGAAUGGUGCCCUUCUGUCAAAUAAAAGCAUAAGGAUUCCAGACCAUUUUGAUUCUGAUAAAAAAAGUCUCCAUUAUUAUCGCAUAUACAUAAGUUAAUCAGAAUGUGUACUCUGAACCUUUGUGAAUGGCAUGCUUUAAGUUGACUUUAAUUUCUUUUAAUUUACUGUAUAGACAUGUUCACUUAAGACACGUAGCUGGCGUGGUGCAAGGGAAAUGUUUGCGGCUGCGGGAGUCAAUACCUCCAACAUGUUUAAUAAUUUGUUUGUAUAUUGAUUUGACGGCUCUACGACUCUGAAAACGAGGUCAUCUUGGUUCGAAAGAACUGUUAUAAAGACACCAGCAUCUAGUUCCUCUUCUCAAACCUUGAUAUUUUAUUGGAUGUCACUAUGUGGACCUUGAGUCGGAUGAUUAAAUGUGAUGGGAUGUAAAUAACAUAGCCCAUGUAUAGGUCAAUAACAUGUAGAACAUGUAGCCCAAGCUUAACAACAUCAUGAUAGUUCAACGUCAUGUGGUCAGGAGAAAUAAAAGGUUUAGCCUAACCCACCAACUAUACUGUAUCCUGGGGAUGAUUCGGAAAUUAAAUUGCUAUAAUAAACUGACCUAUAAAUGGUUUUGACUCAGCGAGGGUAGCAUUAAAGCUAAUGCAGCAUCCUCGGCACAUCUGUUUCCUUCACGUGAGCUUUGAGGGACUAGCCUGUUGCUAAUAGGGCAGCAGUAGCUCAGGUGGUGGAGCGGGUUGUAACUGGAAAGUUGGUAGAAAACCCUGAGUAACAGGCACAGAAAGGAGAGAAGGUGGUGAGGGAGGAGAGGGAAAGAAAUGGCAGUAUUGCUCCAUUUAGGGGUUCCUGGACCCUUAUUUGCAGUGUAGAGUAACGAGUGGAAACGUUGGGGAAGAGGAUUUUGUUGUCCAGCUCCCUGCCCAGAUACUGCAGCACAACCCACCCCUCAUGUUCAGCAGCCACGCCUACACUCCCUCAGCCUCCCAGCACACCUCUCCAACCCCAUGGCUCCACUGGGGGAAAAACAAGAAGAGCUCAUCCCAAUCCGGACGGGUUGAAGAGAGCCUCAUGUCUACUGAAUGAGCAGCAUGACCCAGAGGAGCUCCUCCUCUUGAUCCUCGCCCCAAUGCUCAGAGGUCAAAUGAUGGAAAGAAGACGGGAAACCCAGAUAGAAACGUUGUUGUAUGGUUACCUGUUACCUGUUCUGUAUUUAUCAUAAAGUUAUGUUACUUUUUAUAGAUGUUAUAUUUAGAAAACUUCUUGCUGUGAACAAUAAAAUGUGGAUGUGCCUUGUUACAGAU